UUUUUCGUGGAACAGUCGAUCCGUUAGGUUGUUGGGAGUGGAACUCUUUUGUGCGAUAUUAUCGUUGCAAGUCUGUUGUAUCGCGGGCUGAAAUGUGCUGAUUGUUUACUUUCUGGGUGAUUUAAUUUUUAUUUCCCGAGUCAUUGAGUUGCGUUGUGGUGUAAUGUUUAGGCUUUAGUUGUUCAGUGUUUGAGUAGCUUAUCGGAGUAGAAUCGGAAUCAAUUAUUAGUUUGUUCUUGUAUCGUGUGCUAGUGCGACGGCUGAGUGGAGAAAUCGGCGAAGCUACUUUGUAAACAUGGAUAAUCAUGCUUCCGGAGGAUUCAUUCCGGUGCAUAAACGAAGAUCGCGCCCUCCGGUAACGCAUCGUAACUCUCAGGAAAAUUUGGACCAUUCGAAAUACUCGGCCAAAAACAGCAAGACCAACCACAAGUCCAGUCGGUCCAAUGCAGCAAAUAAGGAAAACACGAACGGCAACGAGACGCAUCGGACCCACGCGAACAUCGUUGGUCGCGUGGAACGUCACCGCAAUGCCGGUGGCCACAUGCGCCGCUGCAUCUGCCGCUGGGUCAUGACCUAUGGCAGAAUGGCCGAUCCGUACGAGUUUCUGAUGAACUACAGCGACGGGCAGGGGUGUGCCGUUUGCCGUGUGAAUUUCCACUCGGAGGAAAGCCGAUCGGAACACUUCGACGGGCACGGCAAGGAGUUUGCCAUCUUUGCGAAGGGUGGCGAUCGCCGCGUUACUCGCAAUGCUUUCCGGCUGGAGAUUAAGUAUUUGCCGAAGUACUCGCGGAUGAUCAUUCGCGUCGAGAACGACUCGAAUGCGGUAAUGAUACUGAAGUCGGUGUAUCUGAUGAAGUUGGAUAAACAGUUCGAUGCCACCCUGGUGGGACCCCUGCGGAUGGCUCCGGGCUACCUGUAUGAAAUAGAGUACACCAUCGAGCACUGCAUUCCGAACCACGUCUAUACGGUCAUUCUGCUGGCGGACGUUGCCGGCAGUCAAGUGGAACUGAUCGAGCAGUAUCACGUUCAGAUGUUGAAGAGUACGAAGAUUGUUGGAAAACCUCUCAAAAUGGAUAUUUUGGCUUAUCAUCACAUACCUGAUUAUCUUAUAACCCUGUAUAAGAACAAUUUCGAGCACAGCAACAAUUUCAACCGUUUGGCCAUCCUUUGCUUGGAGAAUCUUCGCCAAUACAUGAAACAGGGCUUAACCCCGGUCAACUACAUAGAACAGCUUCGACUUCUGAACAUGAUCGAGGACUACGAUCUGCAGACGAUCUUUUCCACUUAUACCAUCCACAACGCCACGGUGACCCCGGCCGAACAGCACCGCCGGUACAUUAUCCGGGUGGAUCAGUUCCAGGUGGCCCCGGCCAUGCUGGAAAUCGACGGCUACGUCAGGAUUACCGUACACCGCAGUGCCGGUCCCCGUGGGGCCAACUUGGAGUUCAUCAACGGUUACAUCGACGUGAUCACCGAGGACGAGAUCAUCGUAACGAUGCAGACGCCGGUUCGGUUCCAUCUGCCGUGCAAGGUGGAGUUUCCGCUGAACCGCACCCAGUACAAGUUGGAGUACAACGCGUUGAAUCUGAUCAGUCGGGUCGAUCUGGAGAAGUUUCUCUUUCCGAAAUCGCUGCCCAAGAAGAAGAAACCCGUGAGGCAAACUGAAUUCCGUUGGUUUCAGCCGACGAUCGCGGAUAACCGCGAGCAAAUGACAGCCAUCCGUAACAUCGUCAACAUGACGGCCUAUCCGGCACCGUACAUUCUGUUCGGACCGCCAGGAACCGGCAAAACUUCCACCAUCGUAGAGGCCGUCCUCCAGAUAUGGAGGAAUCAACCCAAAGCGAACGUGCUGGUGGCCGCGUCAUCCAACCUGGCCUGCGACGAGUUAACCAAACGGCUGAAGCAGUUUAUACCGGAAGAGGAAAUCUUCAGGUUCUUCUCUCGAUCGUGUGAGCGCAAUAUCGACGGAAUCGACAUCGGAAUCUUGGAGAUCUCGAACCUGGCCACGGGCGUUUACGAAGUGCCUUCGUAUGAGCAUGUCUAUAAAUGUCGCGUGACCGUCAGUACCGUAACGAACUGUGGCAGAUUCGCCCAGGCUAGCAUAAGUCCCACUUUUUUCGAUUAUAUCUUCAUCGACGAAUGUGGCAGUGCCAAGGAGAUAUCCGCUCUGGUUCCCAUAGCGGGUGUUUGCACCGAAGGUUCCAAAAUUCACGCCAGCAUCAUCUUGGCCGGUGAUCCGAAACAGCUGGGACCAGUGGUCCGUAUGGAGUAUCUGAAGCAAACCGUCCACAACACUUCGCUGCUGGAUCGUCUCAUGUCCCACGGUGUCUACAAAAGGCAGCAGGGUCAAUACAACCCGCAGGUCAUAACGAAACUGUUGGACAACUACCGAUCACACAAUUUCUUAAUCCACUACUCGAACCAGUGGUUCUACGACAACGAACUGCGAGCUCGGGCUGCUCCGGAUCUGGCGGAUUGGGCCAUCGGUUGGGACUACCUGCCGAAUCCGGCCUUCCCGAUCAUUAUGCACUCGGUGGUCGGCUUGACGCGGAUGGACCGGCAGUGUCUGAGUUCGUUCAACAAGGAAGAAGCGCGGUGCGUUCUGCAGUAUAUCCAGAAAAUUCUUUCCGAUGGAAUCAACGAUCGGCAGAUACGGGAGGAAGACAUCGGCGUCGUGACGCCGUACGCCAAACAGGUAUCCUACCUGCGGCACGGUUGCCGCAACUACGGCUGGGAAAAUGUGGAAGUGGGCUCGACGGAGCAGUACCAAGGUCGCGAGAAGCCCAUCAUGAUCCUGUCGACGGUCCGUUCGCAGCGCGACCACGUUGGGUUUCUGUCCAAUAGCAAGCGUCUGAACGUGGCCAUUACCCGUGCGCGGGCCCUGAUGAUCAUCGUGGGCAAUCCGGACACACUGCAACGCGAUCCCCACUGGUAUCGCCUGCUGCGAUACAUAUCGGAAAACCAGGGCGUCCGGGGGGUGGACUUUAACCUUAAGAAGCCCGACAUCGACCUGUCGGGUCAACCGUUUUCGUAUGCGCUGGAAGAGGCCGAUUUUGCUUGAUAUUUUGUUUGAUGAACCAAGUUUUUUUUCUCCUCUCCUGAAUUUUGAAGGGGCAUUUGUUUGUGAUUUUUUUUGUCAAAGAACAUUAUUUACCAACCAAAGUGCCAUUAAUACCUGACUUGCUAAAAUGCAUACGUUGCUGUAAGCGUUUCUGUGUUGAAUUCGUUUUAGAGAACAUCGAAAAGCAAUUUAUUUUACUAUCAUAACCAUUCCAUUAAAUAUAUAUACAUUUUCUGCUAUUAUUA